CACCGCCUCGGGAUCGGCCGCCAGUGAUCCGCGGACUUUGGGUGUCCGGGUUGAAGGAGAUUUGUCUCCGUGGAAGACCCAGGAACUGGAUAUUUAACGAGAACUUCCUACGGAUUCCCCGGCGCCUGGGGAAAAUGGGAGCUGCAGCAAAGUUGGCGUUUGCAGUCUUUCUUAUCUCUUGUUCUUCAGGUGCUAUCCUUGGCAGAUCAGAAACUCAGGAGUGUAUUUUCUAUAAUGCUAACUGGGAAAAAGAUAAAACGAAUCGAACAGGUGUUGAACCCUGUUAUGGUGACAAAGAUAAACGGCGACACUGUUUUGCUGCAUGGAAGAACAUUUCUGGUUCCAUUGAAAUAGUGAAACAAGGCUGUUGGCUGGAUGAUAUCAACUGUUAUGACAGGACUGAUUGCAUAGAAAAGAAAGACAGCCCUGAAGUAUAUUUUUGUUGCUGUGAGGGCAAUAUGUGUAACGAAAGGUUUUCUUAUUUUCCAGAGAUGGAAGUCACACAGCCUACUUCGAAUCCAGUUACACCUAAGCCACCCUAUUACAACAUCUUGCUUUAUUCCUUGGUGCCACUUAUGUUAAUUGCGGGGAUUAUCAUAUGUGCAUUUUGGGUGUACAGGCAUCACAAGAUGGCAUACCCUCCUGUACUUGUUCCAACACAAGAUCCAGGACCACCCCCACCUUCUCCAUUACUAGGUUUGAAACCACUGCAGUUAUUAGAAGUGAAAGCAAGGGGAAGAUUUGGUUGUGUCUGGAAAGCCCAGUUGCUCAAUGAAUAUGUGGCUGUCAAAAUAUUUCCAAUACAGGACAAACAAUCAUGGCAAAACGAGUAUGAGGUCUAUAGUUUGCCUGGAAUGAAGCAUGAGAAUAUAUUACAGUUUAUUGGUGCUGAGAAACGAGGCACCAGUGUCGAUGUAGAUCUUUGGUUAAUCACAGCAUUUCAUGAAAAGGGUUCACUCUCUGACUUUCUUAAGGCUAAUGUGGUCUCUUGGAAUGAAUUGUGUCAUAUUGCAGAAACGAUGGCUAGAGGAUUGGCAUAUUUACAUGAGGAUAUACCUGGCCUAAAAGAUGGCCACAAACCUGCCAUAUCUCACAGGGACAUCAAAAGUAAAAAUGUGCUUUUGAAAAGCAAUCUGACAGCUUGCAUUGCUGACUUUGGGUUGGCGUUAAAGUUUGAGGCUGGCAAGUCUGCAGGUGAUACCCAUGGACAGGUUGGUACCCGGAGGUAUAUGGCUCCUGAGGUACUGGAGGGUGCUAUAAACUUCCAGAGGGAUGCAUUUUUGAGGAUAGACAUGUACGCCGUGGGAUUAGUCCUGUGGGAGCUGGCUUCUCGCUGCACUGCUGCAGAUGGGCCUGUAGAUGAGUAUAUGUUGCCAUUUGAAGAGGAAAUUGGCCAGCAUCCAUCCCUUGAAGACAUGCAGGAAGUUGUUGUGCAUAAGAAAAAGAGGCCUGUUUUAAGAGAUUAUUGGCAGAAACAUGCUGGAAUGGCAAUGCUCUGUGAAACAAUAGAAGAAUGUUGGGAUCACGAUGCAGAAGCCAGGUUAUCAGCUGGAUGUGUAGGAGAAAGAAUUACUCAGAUGCAAAGACUUACAAAUAUCAUUACCACAGAGGACAUUGUGACAGUGGUCACGAUGGUGACAAAUGUUGACUUUCCUCCCAAAGAAUCUAGUCUAUGAUGGUUGGAUUAUCAUCAGCACACACUGAGAAACAAGACUUUAAACCGGAGCUGCUAAGCUAACAAAACUGCUUAGUUUAUUUUGGGUGAAAUGAGUAGGAUCUCUCUUGGAAAUAUCGGAAGACCCUCAUUUAAAAAAGUGGCUCUGGGAGACUCACUGCAUUGCCUACAGCACAGAUGUGAAGGACAUGAGACUAAAGAAAAGUUGCAAACUCUAUAAAGAAACUUUUGAAAGUGUACAUGAAGAAUGUGGCCCGCUCCAAAUCUACAAGGAUUUUUUGGACCUGGCUUACCGAGCGUUUGAAAACUGACAUCAAAUUUCAUGUCUGCCAGAAGACACUAAUUCCUUAAAUGAACUAUUUUUUUUUAAAUCACAGACUUUUCAUUUCAGAUUUUAAAAAGGGUAACUUGUUUUUAUUGCAUUUGCUGUUGUGUUUCUAUAAAUGACUAUUGUAAUGCCAAUAUGACACAGCUUGUGAAUGUUUAGUGUGCUGCUGUUCCGUGUACAUAAACAAAGUCAUCAAAGUGGGGUACAGUAAAAAGGCUUCCAAGCAUUACUUUAACCUCCCUCAACAAGGUAUACCUCAGUUCCACGGUUGCUAAAUUAUGAAAUUGAAAACACUAAAAUUUGAAUAAUAAAUUGAUUCAUGUUU